GCCAGAAGCAUUGGAAUCGACAACCAAGUUAGAUACUAAAACAGUACAUAAAGUAACAUCUUUUCCAGAAUAUUUUUUCAAAGAAGUUAACAGUGGAUCAAACGACUGUAACAUUUUAAACAAUUUGGCUCUUACAACUUACCCAGAUAACUAUUAUAAAAAAGAAGGAUAUUGUAUGUCUAACUCUGCAUCUUCUGGAUUCAAUUUUAUUACAACAAAAGACCAAUUAACACAUUUUUAUUACACAGAUGGGGCAUGCAACACGUUGGAUAAUAAUUACACUUAUCAAUACAAUAAAUGUGUAUUAGACAAUAAUAAACAAUACUAUACGUUCUAUUAUAGUAAAUCCACAUCUGGUCGAGUAUACAUACAACACGUUGGAUAUUACAUAUUGUAUACAGUUGGUAGAUGUUAUGGGAAUGAAGAUGCUACAAACAAAGCACAAAGAAUCAUCACGACUGCAGACACUACAAAGCUUUUCAAAUUGCAAAUUGCGCCAUCUUGCACUUCCGAUGAGUCUGAUUGGGUUGACUCUACUAGCACUGAUACAAUAAAUAAAGUCACACCUGAAAUGGAAAAUUCGUAUUAUCUUCAAGAUCGAACAUAUGUUGAUACUACGACAUGCAGUGGUGCUUUGUAUCCACUUCCCGAUAUUAUAUACACGUCACUCGGGUGCAUUGAUAUGGAUGGGUCUUAUUUCACUUUGAGUGUGGACGAUAAAAAGGUUUAUUUCAAAUCAUACAAAGACAAGGAAUGCAAAACACCUGACACUGAAAAUUACGAAGAAGACACUUUCAGAGAGUGUUCUGGGUCAGGUUCUUAUAGAACAAAAUACUAUGGCCCAACACUGUAUGCCCAUCAAGAAGAAAUGUAUACCCAAACUUUCAUUCCAAAUAAAUGCUAUGUAAGUCCAGUAGAUGAUACCAAAUUUGUUGAAAUCAAAGACGAUGAAAAGAUGUACACUGCCGACACUUGUGAUGAUCUUAAAACUUCAACUACGGAAGUUUCAGAUUACAAAAUUGAAAUAUUCGAGACUUUCCCUUCUUAUUAUUACAGAGCUGUUCAUUAUGGAAAGAAUGACUGCAAUAUGACAGCUAAUUUGGAUAUUACUCCAUAUCCAGAUAUGUAUUUCACAAAAGAUAAUAUGUGUAUUAGUAAUGCUACUGGAUACAAAUUUGAGACUAAUAAAACUACUUUAACUUCAUACUAUUUUAGUGAUGAAAAGUGCGCUACGCCAAAUGAAAAAACACCAAAACUUGUGUAUGCUUACCAGACUUGUGAAAAAGAUAUCGAUGAAGAUUACUACAUCUACUACUAUGGUAAUGAUACGAUUAUUCCAACACCAAUAGCACCCGAAGCUGCAUUUGGGUUAAUCGUUGUCAUGAUUUCUUUGAUCUUUUUGCCUUAUUCUAAGAAAUUUUUCGAUUAUAUUUAA